AUGUCGAAGAAGAUCACCCUCAAGAGCUCCGACGGCAUAUCUUUCCAGGUCGAUGAAGCCGUUGCGCUCAUGUCUCCGAGAAUCAAGCGCAUGAUCGAAGACGACCGCACCGGUAAUGGAAUCACUAUUCCAAACGUGAACAGUGCAGCCCUCGCAAAGGUUAUCGAGUACUGCAAGAAGCACGUCGAAGCCAACGCUGAUGACACUGAGCUCAAGGCUUGGGACUUAGAUUUCGCCAGAGCUCUCGAGGGCCUCGACAAGGAUACUUUCUUCGCUGUCACCUCUGCUGCACAUUUUCUGAACAUCGGUGGACUUUUUGACCUAACGUGCAAGACUGUGGCCGAAAUGGUGAGAGGCAAGACUGUAGAUCAGAUUCGCGAUAUCUUCCACAUCAAGAACGACUAUACAGAUGCGGAAGAAGCUAAGAUGCGCAAGGAGAAUGCAUGGGCCUUUGAGUGA